AUGAGCUAUGAGGAACAUGGCAUGAGCUAUGAGGCGCAUGGCAUGAGCUAUGAGGCGCAUGGCAUGAGCUAUGAGGCGCAUGGCAUGAGCUAUGAGGCGCAUGGCAUGAGCUAUGAGGCGCAUGGCAUGAGCUAUGAGGCGCAUGGCAUGAGCUAUGAGGCGCAUGGCAUGAGCUAUGAGGCGCAUGGCAUGAGCUAUGAGGCGCAUGGCAUGAGCUAUGAGGCGCAUGGCAUGAGCUAUGAGGCGCAUGGCAUGAGCUAUGAGGCGCAUGGCAUGAGCUAUGAGGCGCAUGGCAUGAGCUAUGAGGCGCAUGGCAUGAGCUAUGAGGCGCAUGGCAUGAGCUAUGAGGCGCAUGGCAUGAGCUAUGAGGCGCAUGGCAUGAGCUAUGAGGCGCAUGGCAUGAGCUAUGAGGCGCAUGGCAUGAGCUAUGAGGCGCAUGGCAUGAUGAGGCGCAUGGCAUGA